GCGUCUGACGGUUUGUGAGAAGAACGCAUUGAUGAAUUGGUGAUCGACGAUGGCUGUAUCUCGAGUUCAUUGGUUUGUGGUCUUGGGCGUGGUCAGUGUACUGGUGUGUCAGAGUACAUGCGGAAAAGCACCCAACCCAUCACCAUGGACGAAGCUGCGUUCAGAUUUGAUUGGUCAAGAUUAUGACGUCACAGAAAUACCAUCGGUGGGAGGUAUAAACCCGCUUCCAGUCACUGUGCAUCUGACCCUACAGUCCGUAAAGGAUGUGAACGAAAAGAAACAAGGUAUGGUUGGAACAUCCACAAUCACAGUGGUAUGGAGAGAUGAACGUCUAACAUGGAUGUCUGGUCACUAUGGCAACAUAACAGUUCUCACACUCCCCUGCAGACUAGUCUGGACGCCGUCCAUUCGCCUCGGCAACUCAAAUUCCGAGGACUCUCGCAUUCUAAAGAACCCAGAAGAUAUCAAAGUGUUCAUCAAGAACGAUGGUCAGGUCACUCUGGAAACCAACCUCUUGCACAGCACCGCUUGUGCUAUGAACCUCGCCCUCUUCCCCUUCGACACCCAGACCUGCCUCCUGUUGAUUACUUCACUGGAUCUCUUUAACACCAGUGUCGUGCUCGUUCCGGGGGUCCUAAAACACCGUGCCGGUAACCGUCCUCUCUCGUGGGACGUCAUUAGUAUGAUCCAUGUAUCGCUGUUGAGAUUUGACCAAGCAAGUGAAUAUGCGUUUUCGGAUUUGGUAGUUGCUAUAAAGCUCGAACGGCUUCCGCAUCACUACGUCUUUUUCAUCAUCGUCCCCGUCAUGCUUCUCAACGCCGUCGGCAUCGCGUCAUUCUUUAUCCCAGUCAAGAGCGGCGAACGCGUUUCUACCUGUAUCUCGGUGGUUCUUGGUGUCACUAUCUUUCAGAUCGUCAUCGGUGACGUCAUACCACAAACAAGCCGGAGUGACAGUAAUCCCCACGCCUUGAAAUACCUGUCGACCUCCUUCAUUGCUUUGGUCGGAAUCAUGCUGUCUUCAGUCGCGGCCUUGAACAUCAGCUACCGCAAUGGUAGUAUCAAGAGAAAGGCCUUGCGGAUACUCUUCUUUAGGAUCUUGGCCACUAUGGUGUUUAAGGGAGAAGAGGGACGAAGAAAGAUGGCCGUAAAGAUAACCACAUCAGCGUGGAGUGGAGACAUGGGUCAAGAUGGAGCAAGCGUCUGCCCUUUCCCAGAAGGAAAUCAUGGCAAAACUCCACCGGAAGCACGCAGUUCUGAAGAACCAGUUUCUGAAGAGACAGACAUGGAAUUGGUAGCAGUCAUCAUCGACCGAAUCUUCUUGUUCAUGUUUCUAGUGGUGGAGCUUUGGAUGCUGUCUCUCAUAGAAUCCAUCUUCUCCACCAUCACUAAGCACGACUGAACACCUUCUUGUUCAUGUUUCUAGGGGUGGAGCUUUGGAUGAUGACUCUCGUAGAAUCCAUCUUCUCCACCAUCACUCAGCACGACUGAACAUAAUUUUGCUAUCAUUUUCAGUAGAAAUACUUGUGUGAUCUAUUGUAUGAUUUGAAUUUUGAAUUAGAUUUAUAUAACUAAAACAUCGAUAGAUUAAUGGACUACUGAAAGUAAUUAAGUAAGUUUAUAUGUAAUGCUUACACUUUAAGUAAAAAGUAUUUGUGAGUUACCUCUUCUUUUGGUAUUUACCUCCCCUUGUUUAAUUCUAAUUUAAAGGAAAACUCGACCUUAAAUGUUAAAUUUGAGAUUCACGA